GGUGCAAAAUACAAAUGAGCAAAACCACAAAUGCUGCAUUAUAAUUAAGAAAUGAAACUCGUGUCUCCAAGAAAUAAAUAUUGGGAAAUCCAGUCGAGUCCUCCAGAUAUCGUUGCAACUCGCUGGACGUCACGCAGUCGCUGAAGACUUUUGCCUCUCUGCCUGACGCCAACUAGCAGCUUCGAAUCCUUCUUCGUGUAGACGGAUGCAAAUGAACUCACGGUCGAAAGUCUCCAAGGAAUCCUGGAGAAGUCCAAAGUCUCCAGGGAAUCCUGGAGAAGUCCAAAGUCUCCAGGGAAUCCUGGAGAGGCUCCGGUUCGGGAAUCCCCACCGCGAAGAAAGUGGCAUAAAAAAAAUCUAAGCUUAGAGAAGGGCGUCUCUAUCUGUGUCAUUUAGCAAAAUGAUUUUCCAGUGUGUUCAGAACGCAUUCGGAGCUUUUUUCACUGUAUUGAUGGUAUUUCUACGGAUUGUAUUUGCUGGCGGCAUCAACUGGAGGACGUCUCUCGAGACCGAGUUCCGUUGUUGUGAUGCUGCUCAGAGAACCCUUUUGGAUUUCAGGAGAGAAAACAGAAUGCGCCGCAUUCUGUAUUCCAUCCUGAACUAUAUUGGACUUUCUAAUCUUAUUGCAUACGAAGAACCAUCUUUGUCUGCCUGCAAUGGACCGCUGCAAACCUUGUUGAGGAACACUCUUCCAGGUCUGCAGAGAGCAGCAGCAGACGAGGACGUUCUUCGUAAAUUGGAAAAAAUGGUAUUGUUACCCGAGAUGUUCCUGUUUCUUACCGGCGUCGUCGUCACCCUGCUCUUCAUCAGAGGCACGAGGAUUAUUGUUGGAAGGAUUACAGAAGCACGAACAAGAAUUGUUAUGGAAGAAGACGUUGCCGACACGACGCAGAUUGAGGAGGAGGAGGUUAAACAGAUAGAAGAAGAGGACACAACUGAAAGAAAAGACACGAUCGAGAUGGAUAAAGUGGAGGAACAGGAGAUGGAAGUUACACAGACGGAAGAUGAAGAGAACACUGAAAUAAAAGAUCUGAGAGAGAUGGAUAAAGAAGAUGAGGAGAAGGAAGUUACAGAGACCGAAGAUGUGGAAAAGACUGAAAGGAAAGAAGACAGAGAGAUUGAAAAAGAAGAGGAGAAGGAGGUGGCGGCGCAAGAGCUUGAACGAGAUUUAGAAAACGAACAAGUCGAGAAUGUCGAAGAAGUCCCUCUCGAGGAACGAAGAGAGGAAGAGGAAGACGUUGUCCAGAAGGAGAGGAAGGAAAUCACAUUAAUUAAUGGCGACUUGUAUGAAUUCUCGAUAUCGGAGAAGGAAAAACUCAUUCUUCGCAAAAGGGCAGCAGAGGUUCGGGAAUUCACCAAGUUCUACAACGUCCGCCUCGACCUCCCCGAAGACGACACGAAGGAAAUCGCCUAUCUGAAGGGCGUUGAAAAUCGGGUCGAGAAAGCUUUCCUACACAUUCAGGAAAUCUUCGACGAGUACCAGAGGGAAGGAUACAACAUCGUACCUGAAAAACUCGACGCGGAGGACCCCUCUCCCCCUCCUGAGGAGUUGGUUCAGGAGGCCGAAACUGCGCCGAGUUUUGCUGCAAUGCUCAAGAGGGGUUCCAAACUGGAAAAGGUAAAAAAACAGACCUUUUUCAUUGUCCAACGUAGAACUUUCCCCGUCAUGGAGGAGGAAUUUCUAGAAGAGGACGAUGAAGAAGAUAUGGAUUUCGAGAUCGAUUACGAAUCAGAAGAGGAAGAAGACUGGGAGGAGCCUGAGGAAAUAGUGAGGGAGACGAUAAUAGUCGGCGUCUCCCUUCGAGAGGCUCCCGAAGAGGAAGGCCAGGGAGGCAUGACGAGACUUGUACCAAAGUCUUUGGUGCCCAAGGAAAGAAGUCUUCCUCUUAAAGAAAAAGAUGACGAUACUCUCCCUCGGGAAGAGGCAGAAGAGGAAAAAGUUCCUCUACAGGAAGCUGAUAAACUAGAAAAGGAAGAGGAACUAGAUAUUCAAGAGGACAAAGUGGAAGAACAAAAUCUAAUCCCUGACAAGGAAGAGGGAGCAAUGCUUCUGGAGGAAAAGCAAGACGAACCAGCUAUAAUUCGGGGAAAGGACGAGGAGAGAGACCAUGUAGAGGAAACAGAGGAAGCACAAGACCUUGCCCUUACAGAAGCGGAACAGGAAAAUGUUCUUCCAGAGGAAAAAGAGGUCAGAGGAUCUGAAGGAAUGGCAGCUGUGGUUCAGGAAGCAGCAGAAAAGAUGUCGUAUGCUAACAUGGCGAAGACUCUUCCUGAACAGAAAAACGCUGCCCUUUCAGAUCACCCCACAACAAAACCAACUGGCCCUGUCUGUACCUCUAAAGCGAGACAAGCAGAACCAGUAAAUAACUUGAAUGUGGCACAUCCCCAUAAAAUAGGACCUCUCAGGCACUGUGGAGGAAGAACCUACUCCUUCCUGGGAGAGAAAGACCUGGACAUGGGAUGCAUCAUCGGAAAGGGAGGGAAGUUCGCAAAGAGGGCCAAGCAGGACCACGGGGUUGUCAUGAACGUCCGCAACGAUGGUUCCAGGAUCGUUCAGCUCACAGGCCUAAAGAAGAAUGUUGAAAAAGUCUACGACGAAAUAAGAUUCCGAGUGGAUAAGACUUUCGACAUCAAAUCACUCACUCAAGUAUCGAGAUGGCUGUAUGCAGUGGGCAAAGAAGAUUUCGUGAUGACUGUUCAUAGACAAUUCAGGGAGGCCAUAGUGGGACCACGACAAGAGACCCUUCGGAAACUGGUCAAGGAACUGGAAGUAGCAAUCUAUCUCCCUGACCAAGACGAUGAACGCGAUUUCAUCAGUAUAUUUGGCCCACUCGAACGAGCCCUGGAUGCUGAGACAAUGAUAUCGGAAAUGAUCGAAGAUAUCCAGAACUGGCCCAAACAAGUCGAUCUCAGACUUUUCGGUUUCGAUUUUUAUGAGUUCGACUUACCGCUCGAAGGCAGACAUCUCGCCCUCAAAGGACAAGUGGCUCAGGAAAUCAGAAGACUCUUCAAAGUGAGUCUGAUUCUUCCAAAAGAUGAUGACCACAGGGAAGUCGGCUAUUUAGGAGGAGACCUUGAACAAGUUAUGAAGGCAUAUGAGCAUCUGAAGGUCCUCUUGAAACAGGUCAGCGCAAGAGGUUGUGAGAUCACAACCGAAGGAUUAACUACAACUGGAGCAGACAAAUACCGCUUUGAUGUCGUCGCCAAACACAAGGGCCUCUUGGUCGGCCCCAACGGCAAGAACCUGAGAACAAUAGAAGACAAGAACAACGUCAAGAUCAUAGUCCACAAGAAAACUGACGGCUUCGUCACCAUUCAAGGUCUAUUUAGCAAUGUUGAAGCCGCUUGUGUAGACAUACGAGAAGCCAUGAGGCCCACUGUUUUCAGAGGAGAGAACAAAACAGCUCAGCAAGGAGGAAGGACUUUCCCACAGGAGGAAAUUAUCCAAGGGUGACCAAGGUAAGGAGA